AUGUCCAAUCCACCGUUUACGGUCAAAGCGAUCUUUGAGUACGCUUCAGACCAUGAAGAUGACCUGGCUUUCCCAAUUGGCCAGAUCGUAACUGUCACGGGUAUCGAGGAUGACGAGUGGUAUUCCGGUGAAUACACGGAUGAAUCGGGUGCUAAACAGGAGGGCAUCUUCCCCAAGAACUUCGUCGAGAAAUAUGAGCCCCCUGCCCCGCCCCGACCAUCUCGCCCCAACAGGUCCAAGAAGGAGCCCGAAGCUGUAGCUCCUCCGCCUCCCGAGCCUGCGGCGCCAGCGGACCCCUCGCCGGUCGAGUCCAACGAUCAGGCGGCGCCUGAGUUUGACGAUACUCCUGCUGCUACUUCUGCUGCUAUGCGCGAGGUUCCCGCCCCCCAACCGCUGCCGGCCCCGCAGCCUCCGCAAUCCCCUCCUCCCCAAACGGCCACCUCGCCAGUCGCGGAAGCUCCCACCUCUCCUAAGCCUACGCAAGCUGCGGCGCCUACCCCGCCAGCCGCAGCUGAUCCUGCUUCUAAGCCUGCGGCCAAGCCUGCGGCGCCAGCAGCAGCGCCUAAACCGACCAGUUCCUCAUUCAAGGAUCGCAUUGCGGCGUUCAAUAAGGCUGCAGAGCCACCUCUUGCGCCAAUCAAGCCCGGUGGACUCAGUUCGGGAUCCAAUUCAAACACAUUUGUCAAGAAACCUUUUGUGGCUGCGCCUCCCAGCAGACAUGCCUACGUGCCUCCGCCCCCACCCAGGGAGCCGCCUCCGAAGAUUUACAGGCGCGAGGAGGAUCCAGAGUUCCAGGAGCAGAUGGCACGGGAGCCUCCCGUCUCUGAAAGCCGUCCCCCCCCUCCACCCCCUGCGACUGAAUCACCAGAGCAAGAAGGCGAAGAGCAGCCCAAACCCACGAGUUUGAAAGAACGAAUCGCUUUGCUCCAGCAGCGUCAAGUGGAGCAGGCGGCGCGUCAUGCUGAAGCUGCCCAGAAGAAGGAGAAGCCUAAGAAGCCUGCGGAGCCGGCCGAACAAGGUGCUCCUGUUGAAGAGGGCGAAUCUGCUGAGGCUGAUACCCAGAAGGCUUCUCCGGCUAUUGCGCAGGACCCGACGAGCGAUGCGAACGAUGCGGACUAUUCUGCUGCUGCUGACACUGAAGAAGCGGAGGAGACCUCGACCAGCAAGGAAGAUUACGAGGAUGCUCCUGCUCGUCCUCUGUCGCGACGGGAACCUCCUGCUGAGCAAGAGGAAGAGAAGGAGAAGGAAGAUACUGCUGACGACGAGGCCGAAGGCGAACAGGAGGAGGCACAGGAAGAAGAAGUUGAUCCUGAAGUCAAGCGCAGAAUGGAACUUCGAGAAAGAAUGGCCAAGAUGAGCGGUGGUAUGGGUAUGAUGGGCUUAUUUGGUCCUCCUGGUGGAAUGCCAAUGCCUGGCGCAGCUCCUCGCAAACCCAAGCCCUCUGCGGACACUGAAAAGAAGCCUGCUCCCGAACCGGAGGCCACCAGUCCUGUUUCUGCCCCUGCUCCCCCGGUCCCUGUUAUGGCAUUGCCAGGAAUGAACGCCAACAAGCCGGCUCCCGCUCCCCCCACUGACGUCGAGAAGGAAGAGGAAACCCCCCACCCCCCACCUGUGACUGAGCAGCAUGCUGCAGAGGAGGUUCCUGAUGUUGAGGAAGUUGUCCAUGAAGAGCCGUCUCAAACUAUUUCCACCCAAAGGCCACCGCCGCCGCUCCCUCAUGAAGGCGCAGCGCCUCCCCUUCCGCCUUUGGCAACCAAGCCUGUUCCGCCGCCAGUCCCUCAGGAGCAACCUGCGUCGCCGUCAUCGACGACAGCUGCCCGGUCAAUCCCCCCUGUUCCGAAGUCUCCUCCCACCUCCGCGGAUGCAGGGAAUGAGUCGGAUGAUGAGCUUUCUGUUCACACCAGAAAUCUGUCUUUAAACGCCGUCGCUGCGGACCGGCCCGCUCCGCCUCCGCCAGCUGGAGCACCGCCGCUCCCUGAUCAUUUGGAUUCCCGACGCCCCUCAACGUAUGAUUCCUCUCCUAUGUCUCCUCUUGGUGCGGAGAAGAGACUUAGUCGACCACCACCGCCUAUUCCUACAAGUCCGCCAUUGUCACCUCCGAGACAAACCAGGGCUCCCCCUCCGCCACCGCCUACGGAUCUUCGCCGUAGAUCUACGGCUGAUAGCCGGACUACAACGGCCUCUGGUCCUCGCCAAGCCGGGGAAGGUGAUGGCGAAACUACGGAAUAUGACGGUGACUACGACACAGAUAUCGCCUCCGGUGAUAAGCACAAGGAUGCUCUGAAGGGCCAUGAGGCCGAUUCGAGCAUGGAUGAGGGCCUAGUCGACGAUUAUUCAAUCCAGUCACCUCAAAGCCCUCGUGGUGCCCCUCCCCCACCUCCCACUGCUCCGAAAGCAGUCCCACCGCCACCACCUAGUCAACCUCCUAAGAGUGCUGGUAGGUCUUCUGUUGACAUACCAAGAGGACCUCCUCCGCCGCCUCCGGCUGCUCCCCCAGCUGCCCCUGAAGAUGAUGAAUAUGACCCCUUCCGGUAUAGCAACCCGCAGCAUGGUUUAGCUUCACCUACGAUGCCACCUGUCCCUGCUGGACGACCACAGCCACCUGCUCCUUCUCAACCCGAGCCAACGGCUGAUGAACAGGAUGAGCUGUAUGAUGCAUCUCCAGUGACCACAUCUUCCGAGCGGCCAUUCUCUCCGUCGCGAGAAAAGCGCAUGUCCGGCGUACCACCUCUGCCGCCUCCCCAUGAGACUCCAGUUGGCCCACCUCCAUCCUCGUCUCGGAGUAACCGUACUUCUUUGGAUGUUCCGCGGAGUUCGCAUGGUGUACGACGAUCCAUUGAUGGCCCCCGUCCGUCGUUUGAUCAGGGCUUCAUGGCAAUGGAUGUUGACCUCGCAGAGCACACACUGUGGUGGACGCAACCCAACACACCUCCACCGGCUAUCCAAGGACGGAAGGAUGUGUUAUUUGAGAUUGAGGAGUCGACUUCCACGAAACGUGGCGGUAAGACGACCGUAACAAAGGAUGUUUAUGUUCUUUAUGCGGACUAUUCUCAAACGGUCAUCACGGUCACCUAUGAUGCCCGAAACCCGUCAGACGUCUCCCUGGAGCAACGCCAGGAGCACCCCCCGGUUCAACCUCGCCAGGAUCAGCUGGAAAAUGCUCACAUUCAGAACGGUUCCCGUAUUAACGAUGCGGUGACAUCUAUUCAAAACACCACCGUCGCAGACGGAACCCCGCAUGGUUUGGUCCAGCAUCUGCUCCAGCCUUUGUCGAGCGCUUUGCUCCCUGUUGGCACUCGCGCAUAUGGUGCCCUGGUCUAUGCGAACCUUGCCAACGCAUCCGUGCAGCAGUUUGACGAGAUCCGCGCAGGCGAUAUUGUGAGCUUUCGCAAUGCCCGCUUCCAGGGCCACCGCGGGACAAUGCAUCAAAAGUACAAUGCUGAAGUGGGCAAGCCUGACCAUGUCGGUGUCGUCGUCGACUGGGACGGAACCAAGAAGAAGAUCCGUGCGUGGGAACAAGGCCGUGAGAGUAAGAAGAUCAAGAUGGAGAGUUUCAAGCUUAAUGACUUGCGCAGUGGGGAGUGCAAGGUUUGGCGAGUUAUGCCACGGAGUUGGGUUGGUUGGGAGAGCUAA